AUGGACUCUGCAGACGCUCUGAUCGAGCUGGCCAAAAACCGGCGCACCAUCUACCAGCUGGGCAAGAACAGCCCCGUCCCAGACGCAAAGAUCGAGGAGCUCGUGAACGCGGCCAUCCAGCACAUCCCCAGCUCGUUCAACACGCAGUCGACUCGUCUGGUCGUGCUGCUGCACCGCGAACACGAGAAACUGUGGGACAUUGUCAUUGACACGUUCAGCCAGCUCGUCAAGUCCGGCACUGUGCCAGAGGAAACGUGGAAGAAGCAGACGCUGCCCAAGUUGCUGGGGAUGAAGGGGGCGGUUGGUACGGUCCUCUUCUAUGAAGAUCCGGCGCAUAUCAAGCCGUUGUCGGAAAAGUUUGCCCUCUACAAGGAUCAUUUCCAGCCGUGGGCGGAUCAUUCCAACGCUAUGCAUCAGUAUUUCCUCUGGAUUGGCCUGGAGGCCCUGGGCUUCGGCGCAAACCUCCAGCACUAUAAUCCCCUCAUCAACGCCCCCGUCGCCAAGCAGUGGAAUGUGCCCGCGGACUGGCGGCUGGUUGCGCAGCUGGUCUUUGGGAGCCCUGAGGGUAGUUCGAACGAGAAGGCGCAGAAGCCGAUUGAGGAGCGGGUAAAGAUCUAUGGAAAGCUUUAG